UUUGGGAAUUUAUAAAAAACGAAAUUUCGGUUAAUUCAUGUAAAUAAGGAUAAAAUAAUAAGGGACAGAAAUAAAAAUAAAACCCGAAAGAUUCGUUUCUUGAAAGUGAGAGGUGUUGUUGUCUUUAUUCGUUUGUUCUCUCGCACAAACACAAACCCUAUCUUGUUCUUCUUCGUCUUCAGUCUCCUCCACUUUACUUUGUUUUAUCUUUUCUCCGCCACCACACAAACACAUUCUUUCUUCUUUCUUCCUUCUCUGUAAGUUGCAUAUUUCUCACGCUAUUCUUCAUCUCUAUACAUAUACACACACAUUUCAUUCGACCUUCUCUAUUCAUUUUCCCUAAUUUCUCAAAUCUUAUCUUUCCCCUCAUUUUUCCCGUCGAGGGUUCCUUCAUCUGCAAUUUCACCAAAUUCAUCUCUUAGUCUUGUCCAAUUUUCGAUUUUUUUUUAUCGGUCGGGAUUUUGAAAUGGCGCUUGCGUAUGAUCCUCUCUUCAUUGCAUCGGACAAAUCUUUCUCCGCCUUUGAUGUAGCCUCACCGCCACAUCCCAUGAUUUUAACCCAAGACGAGCUCAAACGCAUCGCCGCUUACAAAGCCGUCGAAUUCGUCGAAUCCGGCAUGGUCCUCGGCCUCGGUACCGGCUCCACCGCCAAACACGCCGUCGACCGCAUCGGCGAGCUUCUCCGCCAAGGCAAACUCGAGAACAUCGUUGGUAUACCAACCUCGAAGAAGACGCAGGAGCAGGCUCUGUCUCUCGGCAUCCCUCUCUCUGAUCUCGACGCACACCCUGUCAUCGAUCUCUCCAUCGACGGCGCCGACGAGGUCGACCCUUAUCUCAACCUCGUGAAAGGCAGAGGAGGGUCUCUGCUUCGGGAGAAGAUGAUCGAAGGAGCUUCUAAGAAGUUCGUGGUCAUCGUUGACGAGUCCAAGAUGGUGAAGCACAUCGGUGGAAGCAAGCUUGCUCUUCCGGUGGAGAUAGUGCCCUUUUGCUGGAAAUUCACGGCGGAGAAGCUCCGGAGUCUGCUGGAAGGAUACGGGUGUGAAGCGAAUCUCCGAGUGGGAGAGAAAGGUAAGCCCUUUGUGACAGACAAUGGGAAUUACAUAGUGGAUAUGCAUUUGGAAGAGGAUAUGGGAGAUUUGGGAGCUGUGAGUGAUGCGAUUCUGAGGCUUCCAGGAGUAGUGGAGCAUGGAAUGUUUCUGGAUAUGGCUUCGACUGUUAUCAUUGCAGGCGAGCUUGGUGUUAAGAUCAAGCACAAACAACACAACACCUCCUCUUCUUAGUUGAUUUUGAUGAUAUGAGAUAGGUUUUGGAUGAUGUCACUGUGAGGAGGAGAUAUGACUGACUUUUCACGGAGUUUUGGAUUGCAUGACAUUGUCACCAUCAUCAUCAAUCUUGCCUUUGAGUUUGAAUGCUUUUCUUUUUUAACUACUGGGCUUGUGUUGGGCUUUUCUUCUUCUGUUAAAAUAUCAUAGUUGAUUCAUAG